AUGAAUUCAAAUACUUUUUAUUUGUUUUUAAUUGUAGUACUCUUAACGACUUGUCAAUCAAAUGGAACACCAACAACAACAUUUCAAAUUAAAACAAAAAAUCAAGAUUCAAAUGUUUUGAAUUGUUAUGUUCAACCCAAUUCAAAUUGUCAAUUGAACAGUAAUACAUUACAAUGUCCGUCGAUCUUUAAAUGUUUAAGUUCAUUUAAUAGUAAUUCGAAUUCAUAUUCAAAUUUUGCUAUAUUAAUUCCAGGUGGUAGUUAUUCAGGUUUAUCAUGUCCCGGUUCUUUGCCAGCAAGUUUCUUUCAAAUUGGAGGAUCACUCAAUAUUACUUCCUAUGAUGGUGUUGCUACUUUUAAUUGUGGUUCCAAUCAAUUUUUAAGUUUAACUAUAAACAAACCAAUUACAAUUAGUUUCCAUGGAUUAAAUUUUGUUGGUGGUACUUCAACUAAUAACGGUGGUUGUUUGAAUUUCGAUCGAAAUUCCAAUUCUUUUUUUUCUGAAAUCUCUUUCAGUAAUGUUAAUGCUCAGAAUUGUAAAGCAUCGACAAACGGUGGUUUUGUCUAUGCAGAUGUUUCAAAUGUUGAGGUGUUCAACUCUACAUUUUCACAAAAUGCUGUCAAGAAUGGAGGUGGUGGUGUUAUUGGUGGUGCUUUUUCAUUGAAUAUCAUAGAUUCUAUAUUCGAUUCGAAUGUUGCUUCAUUUGGUGGUGUUGCCGACGGUUCCAAUAUUGUUGCGGUCAACUCUUUCUUCACUGGUAAUAGUGCCUAUAACGGUGGUGUCUUUAGAUCACUCUACAGUGUAACCAUCACCAGCUCAGAGUUCUCGUUAAACUCUGCAAAUAAUGGUGGUGUAAUCAACUCUUUUGGAGCACUCGAUAUUAAAGAGAGUACUUUCACCAACAACAGUGCCACUGUAUAUGGCGGUGUUGUCUAUUCGAACUCCUUUACAAAUGCAAACUUUUCAAGUUUUAGAUAUAACCAGGCCACUAGUGGAGGUGUAUUCUAUGUUAUCAAGCAAGGUAGUAGCACUCCAUACCUAUACAUUGGUAAUAGUGAUCUCUAUGGUAACAGUGCAAGUGAAACCAAUGGAUUUGGUGGAGCGAUCUUUGUGGAUACUGGAUCCAUUGAGGUGGAGUACACCGAUAUCAGAAACAGUGUUGCCAAUAAUGGGGGUGCAUUCUAUAUAAUCAAUGGAAAUGUGGUACAAAAUGUUAAUAUAACCUAUUCAUAUAUUGAAAAUAAUAUUGUAACUGGUAGUGGUGGUGCAAUUAAUCUUAAUCAAUAUUAUAAUCAACCAGUUUAUGUUAAUUUGAAUCAAACACAAUUAUUGUUUAAUGCUGCAAAGGCACAUGCUGGUGGAAUCUAUUUCAUCUCACCACCUGAUUCACUAAUUGGUGGUUAUUUCUUUGGUUCUCUAAGUUCAGAUUCACAAUCAAAUACUUUCUAUUCAGAUUCUAUCAAUGGUUAUUAUAAUAUUGUUAAUUUUUCAAACAAAUUGGAAUUCAAUAUUGUAACUGUUUAUAUUGAAGAAUCAUUCCAAUAUUCAAAGGCAUUGGGUGCAACUGGUGAAUGUAAAGAUGGAGUUGCUACCAUAAAUGAAUACGGUGAUAUGGAAAACUAUAUGUUUAAGUUUAAGUUGGAGCAACCAGAGUCUACCAAAGAAAAUGAUAACAAGAAGUGUGUAUUCAAUGAUGAGGAAAUUGAAAUAAUAAAUGAUAACCCAAGAGAUCACGUUUCGGUUGAUUAUGGCUUAAAUAUUUUGUUCGAAGUGAUUGAAAAUGAAAAUAAUUAUAUUAGUAGUAUUAGUAGUAGUAGUAGUGGUAGUAGUAGUAAACUCUUGACUGUAAUACUACAGAAAGAGAUGAUGAAUAUUUGGAUAAGGUAUUCGAAUUGGAGUUGUGCUUUGAUGGUGAUAUAUGUAGUCGAAAUAUCAAUCGCCAAAUGGAAAUCAACAAACAUCAGAUUGGAAAUCAACAACAUUAAGAAUAUACUAGAUGAUAUUAUGAACCAAAAAUGUGAUGAUAUUAAGAACAUAACAUUCAACGAUAAUUUAAUCGCUUUUUUGGAAAUACAUUCACAAAACAAACUAACACAUCCAGUCAUAUUUCAGAAAGUAGUUGAAGAAGACUAUAGGAGAUUUAAAAGAGAAGAAGAGAGAAUUAAACAAAUGAAAAGGAAGAUACAGCAAGAUAGGAAACAAGAUAAGCAACAAGACAAGAAACAAGAUAAACAGCAAGAUAAGAAACAAGAUAAGAAGAUACAACAUAAGAAGCAAAACAAGAAACAAGAUAAACAACAAAACAAGAAACAAGAUAAGAAACAAGACAAGAAACAAGAUAAGAAGAUACAAUAUAAGAAGCAAAACAAGAAACAAAAAAAUAAAACAAAAUAUUUAGAUUUAAAAAGAGAUAGGAGUGUGAUGGGAGUUCGAGUCUCCCAGGAGGCGUAUGAAAUGCAAAGUACCGGAUGCGGUGAUUAA